UAUAUAUACAUAUAUAUAUACAUAUGCAUGUAAAGAGAUGACAUAUAAUAUAAGGUUAAAUGGUGUAUGUGUUUUAUGGGUGACUGAUAACCGUUAACUUUUCUUGAAAUCAAGAUUCUCUGGUCAUCUUUCUUGCUCCGAUCUAUCUAUCUAUCCCACUUUCUCUUAUUUGUUUUAUGAAGCGAAGAAUCUCGGUGGACGAAAACAAUCGCUUUCCUUUCCCCAUCAGAGAUUCCCAUUUCUUUCUUUACUUUCUUAAAAACACAACCUUUAUCAAGCAAUGAUGCCAUUGUUCUUCUGCAGCCUACCUCUCUCGUUGUCCUUUUCGUCUAUCGCCUUUACUUUUUCGCAUUGUUCAGGUUCCGGUUGUGAUCUAUACAUAAGUCCUUAACCUAGUGAUUAUGUCUUCUUCAGGGAACCCAUCUCAGCCUGGUAUUUAUGAGAGGAGACCUUGGUUUAUGAGAUGGUUGAGUAAGCUUUUCCGAGGUGGUUCUAAUACUCGCGAGGUGGUUGGUGGUGCACAUCGCCCUCCUCAGUUUAACGGAGACGAAAGCAUGGUUUUGCGUGCGCCUGUUAGAUCGUUGGACAAUCGCUCAAGAACCGAUAAAGAGAAGGAAGAAUUGGAUCGAGCAAUCGCACUUUCGUUAUCUGAAGGCUUGAAGAAACCAAAUGGAUACGGGUGGCGACCUAAUAAUAACGAAGAAGAUCUUGCGAAAGCAGUUCAGGACGACCGUCAUUCUUCGUAUCCUCCUUUUGUUCCUAGAGAAUAUCAACCAAUGGGAUAUAGGGUAUGUGGUGGCUGCAACCGCGACAUCGGUUAUGGAAACUACUUAGGAUGCAUGGGGGCCUUUUUUCACCCGGAAUGUUUCUGUUGCCGCGCUUGUCGUUACCCGAUCACAGAACAAGAGUUCUCUUUAUCAGGGAAAGAUGCAUACCAUAAGACUUGUUUCAAAGAGCUAACACAUCCCAAGUGUGAAGUCUGCUUUCAAUUUAUUCCCACGAAUGGAGCGGGGUUGAUUGAGUAUCGAUGCCAUCCGUUCUGGUCGCAGAAAUAUUGUCCCGUACACGAGCAUGAUAACACAGCGCGUUGUUGUAGUUGUGAAAGAUUAGAGUCUGUGAAUGCAAGAUACAUAUCGUUGGGCGAUGGAAGGAGCUUAUGUAUGGAGUGUAUGGAAUCCGCAAUAAUGGAUACCGGUGAUUGCCAACCGCUUUACCAUAGUAUCCGAGACUACUACGAAGGAAUGAACAUGAGACUCGAUCAACAAAUUCCCAUGUUACUUGUUGAACGACAAGCCCUUAAUGAAGCGAUUGUCGGGGAGAAACAUGGCUUCCAUCACAUGCCUGAGACACGGGGUCUUUGCCUUUCGGAGGAGCAGACCGUUACAAGUAUACUAAAAAGACCGAAAAUUGGGGGGCAUGGGUUGAUAGGAAUGAGAACCCAACCUCAGAAAUUGACUCGACGAUGUGAGGUUACGGCCAUUCUUGUUCUUUACGGUCUGCCGAGGUUACUAACCGGUGCCAUUCUUGCUCACGAGCUAAUGCAUGGCUGGUUACGUCUUAAAGGCUAUAGAAACCUAAAUCCCGAGGUAGAAGAAGGUAUAUGUCAAGUGCUUUCGUAUAUGUGGCUAGAAUCGGAGAUCAUGCCCGCAUCAACGUCGACCUCAUCAGCUCCGUCAUCAUCUUCAUCUUCUUCAUUUUCAAAGAAAGGUGGAAGAUCAAGAACCGAGAAUAAACUGGGUGAAUUUUUCAUGCAUCAGAUAGCUCAUGAUGCUUCACCGGCAUAUGGAGGAGGAUUUCGGUCUGCUAACGCAGCUGUGAAUAUGUACGGCCUGCGCCGUACACUUGACCAUAUUCGCCUAACAGGAAGCUUUCCCCUGUGAUUGAUCAACACUCGCGUAUUUGGAGGUUCACUAAACUCUCCUUCGAGGAUUGAGUUGACCAUUGAGGAACCCAAGUUUUUGUUCGGGAAUACAGGAAGGGUAUACGACAGUUACAGUGACAUUGACGAUGACAAACAAGUCUUUUAUCUUUU